AUGUCCGCCCGACGUCCUUACGCUUCGGUCAAUCGAUAUGCAGUGCGAAGACCCACGUUUAUUCCACGAGCAGCACCACCUCCACGCCCAGGUGGCGCUGGUGGAUUACUUAAAGGCCUAGCAUGUCCACUACUUUGUCUUGGUUGCCUGUCAGCAUUGUCCCUUCUUGGUCUUUUUGCUACAAUGAUUGCUGCUGCUGCCUACAUGAACCAAAUUCAAAAUCAAAUUCGUAAAAACGCAACAGGUGCCGGAAUGACGACAGAAUUCAAUGUCUUCGUUCUCUUCAGUGCACUUCUCUGCUCCAUCUAUGUAUUGACCAAACAUCGACGUGGUGUUGCCAUUACUAAUUAA